CAGAAAUUCGAAAUUUAACCUCAAAAUUCAACUGAACUGUCAGAUGUUUGUUUAUAAAAAGAAAUCACUCUCUACUUUUAUCCAAUUAAUAAGCAGUUAAAAACAAAUUUAAAGACGCUUUUUUUUAAUGCGACAAUGGGAGAUAUUUGCAGAACGUGUCUACGUACUCAGGAUUAUUUAUUAGAUUUGUAUGAAAAUCGGGAGUUAAUAUUUAAGAUCGAGUCAAUUGUUUCUAUUGAGAUACAAGAGGAGCCUUUCUUUCCCUCAAAAAUAUGUUAUGAAUGUGUGGGAAACAUUACAAACUCCUUUAACUUCAAUAAAGUUUUAAUAAACAGCUUUAAUGAGCUAAACAAACGGUAUGAAAUACAUCAAAAAACAAAAGCAGGAGAAGAAGAAUGUAACGAAAAUAUUAAAGUUGAGCCUGUUGAUUUUAAACAGGAAAAUGCAAUUUUAGAUCAUACAGAUAUUAUUAAAGAUGAGGCUGAUAACACAGAAAUUGAGCAUAAAGAGAUAAAAUCAACUGAACCUAUAAAGUGUAAUGUAUGCUUAAAAACGUUUAAAAAAUUAGAAUCAUUAAGAUAUCAUAGACAAAGGCAUUCAGGGAAGAUUUUUACUUGCGAGUUAUGUGGGCAGUGUUUUAAUGUUAAAAGAUCAUAUAUAAAACAUGUUAAAACCCAUGCUGUUGUUUAUAAAACCCCCAUUCUCGAAAUGAAUAGGGAGGUUGAAAAAGAAAAUAAGGCAAAUAUCAUCAAGAUUGAGCCCAUACUACAGCCUAAUUAUAUCAUAAGUAGUGAGGAUCCUAUAGAUAACAGUAUUAAUGGGUUAAACGAACAGUACCAAAUAAAAGCUGAGGAAAAAGGGGUGAAAGAAGAAAGUAAGGCAAAUAUUAAAGUUGAGCCUGAUGACACUCUAAGCAGUGAGAAUUUUAAAAACGAAAAUACUGCAAUUUUAGAUGCAGGUGUUAUAAAAGUUGAGCCUGAUGACUUUUUAAGCGAUGGGGAUCUUAAACAGGAAAAUGAUGCUCUUUUAGAUGAUAUAGAUUACAGUUUUAAUGAGAGGAAAACGGUCAAAGUUGAGCCAAUACUAAUGCCUGAUUACACUGCUUAUAAAAAGAAAAAAUUAUUUGACUGUAAUGAGUGUCAAAAAACGUUUACAUCGAAACACAAAUAUCAGACUCACAUAAGGGAACAUACAAGUAAAGGGGCUUGUAAUAUAUGUGGCAUGGUUUUAAGAAGUGAUAAUUUAAAACGACACAUUCGAUUACACUCAGAAGAACCUAUAGAAUGCAAUAUAUGCUCAAAAAUACUUAAAAACUCAGAAUCAUUAAGAAUUCAUAAACGAAUACAUUUAGGGAUUAAAUUUAAAUGUGAUAUUUGUGGGAAGUGUUUUAAGGUUAAAACUGAGCAUUCGAGACAUGUUAAAACUCACACUGAUCCUGAAAUCCUGAAAUACAAAUGUAAAGUUUCACGCGCCCUAAAAAUAAACAUUAGGGAGCGUUUCUCAAACUUUUUUGAUGCCGGGGACCCCAAAAAGUCGGAACGACUAUAAAAAAAUUG